AUGGCAAGGCUCACCGAUUUUCGCCUCCUGUGUUUCGAUGUGUACGGCACCUUGAUCGACUGGGAGACAGGCAUUCUCGACAGCCUGAAGCCGCUAAGUGAAGCGGCACAGCUCACGCGGGAGCAGACACUCGAGGUCUAUCAUGAGCUCGAGAAGGAACAGCAAAGCAAGACUCCCGAUAUGCCGUAUUUACAGCUGCUGAUCUCCAUCUACCCGCAAUUUGCUGCACGAAUAGGCGUCAAAGCGCCGUCUGCCCAAGAGUCCGAGACAUUCGGGCAAUCCGUGGGCAAGUGGCCCGCAUUUCCCGACACGGUUGACGCCCUCAAGCGGCUUUCCGAGUCCUACAAGAUGGUGGUGCUCUCAAAUGUGGACAGAGAGAGCUUCCAGGCCACCAAUGACGGUCCACUUGGAAGGGUUCGCUUCGACAAAGUCAUCACGGCCCAGGACGUCGGCUCCUACAAGCCUGAUCUUCGCAACUUCGAGUACAUGCUCGAUGCGGUAAAGACGGAAUAUGGCGUAGAGAAGAACGAGAUCCUCCAGACUGCUCAGAGCCAGUUCCAUGAUCGCCAUCCGGCAAGGAAAACGGGUAUCAAGUCAGCAUGGAUCGAGAGGAAUGGGACCAUGGGCAAUCGAGAGCAAGAGGUCUAUGACUGGAGGUUUGGCACGCUGGGCGAAAUGGCCGACGCGGUGGAGCAGGAGCUCGCCGCCAAAAGGAGCUGA